AUGUCGUCUUUGCCAUACAAAUCUUUCGCAAUCUUCGGUGCAGCUGGGAGCAUUGGAAGAUAUGUCUUCGAUGCUCUGCACGAAAGGAAUGCUUCGAUUGUGGCCAUCACUCGUAGUUCCUCUUCGUCGACAAGCGCGCUGCCUAGCGCUCCCAAUGUGAAGAUCACCAAGGUCGAGGGUUAUAAGAAUGUCGAAGAGGUCGCCGCCGUUCUGAGGGCCAACCGGAUCGAGGUCGUCAUCUGUACGCUGUCCUGGAAGAGUGACGAGGCCAUGUACGGGGAAGAGACGGCGCUUGCAGGUGCUGCGCGCGCAGCAGGAGUCGGUCUGUUCGUGCCGUCUGAAUACGGCAUGCCCACGGAUGGCGGGCCGGCUGGCCUUUGGGAGACUAAAGAUAACGUCGCUAAGCAUAUGAAGGAGAUCGGGUUACCAUCUGCGAGGUUUUUCACUGGGCUACUCUUCAGUUGGAUCUCCGGUCUUUCCGGAUACCCAUCUACCGGUAAGAUCAACGUUGUCGGUACGGGCAAGACACCAGCCUCUUGGACUGCUACUGAGGACAUCGGUGGUUUCAUCGCACACGUCCUCACCACUCUUCCACCAUCCGAGCUAAACGAUAGGAUCUUCCGCAUUGAAGGCGAGAGGCUCUCUUGGGAGGACAUGGCCAAGAGGACUGGCGUCCCGAUAACCAAGGCAGAGAAGGUACCUGCAGAUAGCGAGGGCCUCUCGCAGUUUUGCACGAUUUUGCAAAGAAUGAUUGAGGAAGGACCGGGGAGCACGGGUUGGGAUUAUGCUGCCAAGAAAGAGGGAGCGGAGAGGGCUGGAAGCUCUAAUUCCCUUUGGGCGGGGCAUGUCUGGAAGAAGGUCCCGGGAGAUAUUUUGACUUCCACUGACUGA